CAAUCUAGACACGUCGCCAUGUACAGUUGACAACAAAGAAACCCUAACCUGCAACAACCUGGACGUGCAAUUCCCAAAACCCUAAUUUCGAUCAAAACAGCCAUCUCUCUCUCUCUCUCUCUCUCUCAAAAUGGUUCCAUAAUCUCCACUCUCGCUCUCCACAAAUACAUACAGUUAUAUAUAUACACACGCACACACUCUCUUCUCUCUCUGUAGAAAUGUCUCUCGAUGGAGCCGUGGAAAGGAGGAAGGAGAGUCAGACAGGAACAGGAACAGGCCCUGUGAACAACAGGAACGGAAAUGGAGUGGUUUCAUCGACCGUGCCUUCGUACUCGACUCAUCGUCUUAGAUUGAACCCUAACACAGAUCACAAGCCCGAUAGCUAUGAAGACCUUCAAUUGGAGUUCAGUCCUCUCCUCUUCAGCUCUCUCGAGAGGUACCUCCCUCCGACCUUGCUCAAUGUCUCCCGCGAAGCUAAGGUUCACUACAUGCGCGAUAUUCUGCUUCGCUACUCACCUGAAGGAGAGCGUACUAGAAUUCAAAAGCAUAGAGAAUACAGGCAGAAGAUUAUAUCAAACUAUCAGCCUCUACAUAGGGAGCUAUACACUAUGCAUGCUGCAAACUUCUUUGUACCCUCAUUUUUCAAGGCGGUCAAUGAGAAUACAGAGGAGAGUUUUAAAAGUAUUAUGUCUGAACCCUCUCCAGGAGUUUUUACAUUUGAAAUGCUUCAGCCACAUUUCUGUGAAUUGUUGCUAGCUGAGGUAGAAAAUUUUGAAAAGUGGGUUCAUGAAACAAAAUUCCGAAUUAUGCGACCAAAUACAAUGAAUAAGCAUGGUGCUGUUCUUGAUGACUUCGGCCUGGAAACUAUGCUUGACAAGUUGAUGGAAGACUUUAUACGCCCUAUAUCUAGAGUUUUUUUUCCUGAAGUUGGUGGAUCGACACUAGAUUCUCAUCAUGGUUUCGUUGUUGAGUAUGGAAUGGAUAGGGAUGUUGAUCUUGGUUUCCAUGUAGAUGACUCAGAAGUUACUUUAAAUGUUUGCUUGGGUAAGGAAUUUUCUGGUGGAGAACUGUUCUUCCGAGGAGUUAGAUGUGAUAAACAUGUAAAUACAGAAACUCAAUCUGAGGAAAUCUUUGAUUAUUCCCAUGUUCCGGGACGUGCAGUUCUUCAUCGCGGUCGCCAUAGGCAUGGUGCUAGAGCCACAACAUCUGGGCAUAGGAUCAACUUACUGUUAUGGUGCAGAAGUUCCGUCUUUAGAGAGCUGAGAAAAUAUCAGAAAGAUUUCUCUAACUGGUGUGGAGAGUGCCAACGUGAGAAGAAAGAAAGACUGCACCAGUCUGUCACCGCCACUAAACUGGAAUUACUAAAGAGAGAAGGAGAAGCUGCUUCUUGAGCAAGAGUUCCGUGUGCAGUUUGCGGAUUAUUGUAAUAUAGCACAACUAUCAUCAUCAUCAUCCUCUUGAAGAAUUCACUGUAAUUUUGUCGGUAGAUAUGAGGGUUGAAAAGGGUGUUGUUUGUCAUAGCUCUUUGUUAUGUUUCAGUACAUCCAAUUCUUGUCGAAAGUUACGUUUGAUGUCCUUAUUGUUAUCAGCUGUGGCCACCUUUGGUGACAAUAUGAUAUCAUUUCUGUACUUAAAACAUAUUAUCCUUUUUUAGUCAAUGAAAUGUUUUUUUACCUUGAAAA